AUGCCCAACCAUUUACAUGAAGCAACACCAACAAUAAUAACGGGCAAAGAAGUUGGCGAAGCUUCUUCUUUACUUCAGCAACAACAGCAACAGCAUCAACUGACGGUCAAUACAAGUGGUAUUCAUGGUACUACAACAUUGCAACAACAACAAGGAGGUGGAAAUAAUACUCCACCAUCUUCAACGAGUUGUGGUAGUAGCAGCAUUAGUAAUAAUAAUAAUACACAAUUGAAAACACCAAAUACACGAAGAAAGAGAAAGCCUGGUAAUAAUAAUACACCACUGUUAUCAUCGUCGGGAGGUAUUGUUGUUGGAGGAAGGAGAGCUGUUGUAUCACCAUCUGAUUAUUCACCUACUUCGUCUUCUUGUUGUUCUCCUUGUAUGCUACAAACAUCAUCAUCUGAUCAGUGGUUUUCACUUGUUCAAGAAUUGGAUCGAUCUCCUAAAAAGAAGAUUUCCAACAUUUUUCAACAAGCUAGCAAUGAUAAAUUGUAUAAAUUGUAUCAACAAGUUACUGUGAAUAAGGAUACAUUUGGUAAUUUCUGGAACAAUAAUCAAGCCUCUGGAGAAGUGUCACAUAAUUUAAUUAUGGAAUUAUCUUUGAGAUUGAGAUCAAUUUUAUACGAUUCAUUUGUAACAAAUCAUGUAUUGUACGAUGAUGACAUUUCUUUAUUGCCAUAUUUCCAAAUGAGUGAAUUUCACACAUUGGAAAAAGAUAGGGAUUUAUUAGAAAAUAUGCAUUUGCAAAAUGAUGAAAAUACAAAUAUUGUGGAUCUCUACAAGUAUAAUCAAAUUGAUCAAAUGAUCAUUUCUAAUUUAUAUAAUCCUACAACAUCUAUAAAUGCUAUCUAUGACGAGGAAAAAUUGGAUGCUCUCUCCAAAAUGCAAGAUGCCAGCUCUAUGGUAUUACCAAUGUCUGAUUCUGAAUCUGAACAAACACCAACUGUGCCAUCAACAUCAAAGCCAAGAAAAAAGAUAAAACUCAGCACUUUACAGGAUAAGGAUUCAGAUCCAGAUUCUUGGAAUAUAAUUGAUACAGAGAUGGCUCAAAAGGUAAAUACUGUAGAAAUACUUCCAUCAAAGGAUUUGGAUAUUUAUUUAGAUUUGAAGGAAAAAAUUCAACAAGAGAAUCAAAAAGAAAUUAAAAAUGUAGAUAUUUUCGACAGGGAAGAAAGAUGGAAUUUAUCAACAGCACAAGUUAGACUUCCAAAAUUAAAACUAAGAGGAGAAAAAUCAACUCAAAAAUGUAUCCACGAGAACUCUCUAAGCUCAUUCUAUUUUGAAAACCUAAGUAGUAAUAGUAGAUGUAUUUUCCCAGAAUAUACAUAUGAUGAGACAUUGCCAGAUUAUGGUGAAAGUCUCUCAAAUUCACAUUUAACAUCGAUAGCAACACGAAACAACUCAAAAGAUUUUGCAAAACAACAAUUAAGUAUAAUUUCCAAUCUAGGAUAUAAAUUGGGAUUACGAGAUGUGUCAACCAUUAAGAAAAUAUAUAGCCAAUCUCACAAAGCUCAACAGGAACCAAAACUUCAGAACUUGGCCCAAACUAUUCUCAAAAAUUCUUGCAAUAGUGGAAGUAAUAAUUUAUUGCAAACAUUGCAAAUGAGUAGAGAGCCAACAAGUCCACCACCACCAGGAAAGAAACAAAUCUCAUCCAUUUCCAAUGAAGAUGACACAUUUAUUUAUUCGCCAAGCAAUACUCUAGUUAAACAAAAUGUAGAUAAGAUUAUUCAAUUAAGAGAAAAGAAAAAGAACCUUCUCAUUCCCCUUAAAGCAGUAAGUGCAAGCUCUGAAGGUUCAGCUAGUAGUUCGAGCCCAGAUGAAAUGUUAGAGCAAAAUCUUUCCAAAGAGAAUGCACAUUCUGCUCUCAGUUGCAUUACAUCAAUGAUUUUAUGUCAUGAAGGAUUUGAAGGAGCUAAAGCAGGUGCCCUCAAUGUGCUGACAGAUGUUUUAGAAUCAUAUAUUUGCUCAUUUGGAAAUAUUUUAUCAACAAAUGCUUCUUCUGGUCUGGAAGCAGAAGAGGCAUUGUUAAAAUCUUGCGAGGAAACGUUUGGUAGAAAUGUUAGUGUUACUGAUUUACAAAAUUUGAAGAAUGGAGUUGUUUCUCAUAUGAAUGAAACUGCAAACAAGCUUUCGAUUGUUGAAACAAAGCUCAAUAAUAGAACCCACAAACCUAAGAAGCAACAAGCAGCUCCAAAGACCAAAUUACUCGAGAUUAAGACAAUUCCAAAACAAAAUGAUGAGGAUGAAAUUGCUCAAUUGACUUCACCUAAUGCUGCUCUUGAUGCUGAUUUUUCAUUGGAAAUCGAAGAAACUGGAAAGAAGAGAAAUCGAGAUAUUUAUGAGGAGGAUAUCCCACUCGAUGAAUUGGAGAAUUUGAAAUAA